UAUAAAUUGAACCAGACUGAGCUAGGACCCUCUCUGGAGUCCUUUAUUCAAGCAUCAAUUACCGACGAUGGCAGAGAGCUUCGUUUUCCCGGACUGGCAGUAACUUCGACACUCAAAGAUGCGUGUCAAGCCCUCAUUGAUGUGAGCAAAGCGAAAAUACCAGCAAACAAGAUCGCUCUCGUCAUCCUUCUACAUGAAGAUGAAACUGCUUGUCCCAUGCAAGACUUGGCGCUAGAAGCUCAGAGGGCAGGGUAUUCAGUUUUAAUAUAUUUCGCAAACUUUGUCAAAAUCAGUACAACCCCAACAGAAGUGCCAAGUAAAGAGACUUUACUGAUCCCGGUUUUGAAAGGUUCAUUUUCUCAAGCUUUCAAAAACGGCGAUAUUUCUGGGUGCACUGGUAGAACCGUGGAAAUCAGCGUACAAGUUCAUAGACAGCGUUCAAAAGAACUUGACGCAAUGAAAUCUUACUUUGAAAAAAUUUACUACUGGUUUCUUGUGGGGCCAAUCAUCACACUCGAGUGGAUGAGACGGACAAAGAAAUUCUGUUGGUAUUCCGGACGACAUGAAAGAAGUGAAAAUCCAUUAGAGCCGGAAGCGGAAAACCAAGUCGAGCCUGAUGCUGAAAGAGAAAUUCGAACAAUGGAGGAAGGCGAGCACAGAACUGGGGAGUCGGUACAGUUAUUAGCAUGCCGAGAAAGACCUGCUGAAGAACACCCCCUACGCAGUGCCAUAAGUUAUGACUCUCGUGAUAACAGAUGUCGUCCUCAAGGAAGUGGUUCUGUCAAAGAACACCACAGUGUUUGUUACAAAGCAGCGAUAGGCUUUGGUUAUCUGAUUCUUGUUUUAGCAGCUCACCCGGUAGGUUUGUAUUGUGGAGGACUAUCGUUUUUUAGAUUUGAUGAUGCAGCCGAUUUUUACCUUCCUUUUUGGUGGUCACCUUUUCAGAUAUUUUGCUUUUUCUUGUACAGUCACCUUGCCUGUAGAAAUAAACGGAGAUGGACAUGGACUAUUUCCACAACAUUUUCAAAAUUAAUCCGAAAUGACUGGUUCGCGUCGAACAUUUAUUUGCUAGUGUUGGGUGUUGUGGAGCCAUUUUGCUCAUUAUCAGGUUCGGUGGGUAUGACAUAUCUCCUCUUUCCCCUUGCACUUUACAAUUCCGUAAACACACUAUGCAAUUUUCUUUUUUUAAUCAUUUUAAACAAGCACAAAGUCGUCACGCGCUACGUUUUCUACAUCAGUGUUUGUAUGAUUUGCGCUUACAUCGAGAGCGAUGUUGUUGCUUUGUUUUAUUUUACACUCAAUUCUCAAGGAUCCUUACAAAACGUCAAACUCACAGCUAUCCGAACAGCGGCAAUUACUCUCACAUUGCUUGUAAGUUUUAGGACCUCUAUGCACAUCAUUCGGAAACUCAUCAAUCCCAGCGAAUCACUGUUUGAGGGACUUUCAGAGCAGUGA